AUGCAGGGCCUUGCGCAUGGUACCGAGGCCCGGUACGUGCUGCACCCCGACGGCGAGAUUGUGGGCGUCGUAGGACGAUCUUUUGCCAUUUCGCCGUCUUCUUGGUUCAUCCCGACCAGCCUCGCUAGCACCCUCCUCGCUAGCACCCUCCUCGCUAGCACCCUCCUCGCCAUCACCCUCCUCGCCAUCACCCUCCUCGCCAUCACCCUCCUCGCUAUCACCCUCCUCGCUAUCACCCUCCUCGCCAUCACCUAUGCCGACGCCUCCUUCGCUGACGACCUCGUACAUCGCUACUCCACAGGCGCCCACGUCUUCCUAGCCGGCUGCUAA